AUAGGGAGGGAAAACAAAAUGCAACCACCGCCUCCGUCUCUGCAUUCGAAUUUCUUCUCCUCUCUAAGACAGGUCGAGAAGAGGCUGAAACUAGAACAUCCCUCGCCGUCGCCGCCUUCGGCAAAAUCACGAACACAAGAGGACAACAAUGCUUCCACAGGGUCACUGAGCUCUCCUAUGUUCCUCCACGUCGAUCAAUCCAUCGCCAAUUCUUCUAACGACCUCUGCGGUAGCGAACCGCCGCGAGCUUUCCUAUCUGUUUCCCAAGAUUUCCCAUCGCCCGACCAACAACCGCCUCAAUCAAGCCCUUCAGAUCGCCACAGACCUGAAGCUGAAACUGAAGAUGAUGAAAUUGACGAGAUCGAGCAGUUAAUACGGCUAUUGGGGUUGUCAGAGGAGGAGGAGGAAGAGGAAGGGGAAGGGGAAGAAGGUGGCAGCGAUUGUAAUUCUUGUCACUGUGAGGGUGGAUUUUACUCAAAGAUUGUGGGGGUGAAGGGGCCUAAGUGUAGAAAGGAGAUGAAGAGGCUAGAUGGGUGGAUCAAGUUCUUUCGAGAGGAGAAGAAGGAGCCAUUGAGAUUGGCACAUUUGCUUUUGGGGAAACGUGUUCUUCUUUCUCAGGGUGGUGAUGAUGAUCAUGGUCUUGGAGGCUUGGAGUUUCCUUCAACUAUACAGGAAUUUCUUCACAGUGACCCUCCUGACCCCUGAUUGAGGCAAUCAAGCUACUCUCAUGUACUUGAUUGAGUUAAUGAGCAAUUUUCAAACUUGUUCUUUUUUCGUGACAAUUUGCCUAAUUAAGUCUGAGUAGUGAUCGAAUUGUUGAAAGUGUUUUCUCUGUAAUCCCAAGUUGCCCCGUUCAUUCAUGCAGCUCGGACAGUUCAAUUUACAAAUGUCUAUAAUCUUGAACUAUGAUUGUUCUGAGCUGGAUUUGUUCAAGAGCAUGAAAGAUCUGCAUAAGAUUACUGUGAUA